UAAUGUUACAGACAAUUAAUUAGGUCCCGAAAUAAGUGCUAUUAGAAUUUUAUAAUUUAAACAAAUUAUAAGUCUAAUACCUAUACGAUGUUUUAGACAGUGAUAUCGAUAUUCUCUACAGAGUUCUUUAUAAUAUUAAAAGACCAGAAUUGAUAGAUAAGCUAAUAGAUGAGUUAAAAUACUAAAACUAAUAACAAGGAUUAUUGAAAUCAAUGACAUAUGGUAAUUUGAAAGAAUUAAAGAAUUUUUUAAAAUAGAGAGUCAGCUAUGAAAAGUUGAUCAAUUCUUUAGAAAAACUCAAUAUAGAAGAGGAAAAGUAGAAGCUAUAGGCUCUUGAAGUAUAAGAGAGACCAAUAGUAUAGCAAGACAGCAAAUUCCUAGAAUUGCCACCUUAUAUACAUUUACUCAUUAUGGAUUUCCUUGAUCCCUAUUCUUUACAUACAAAUAGAUUGGUAUGUUUAAAAAUGAAUGAAAUUUUCAAUAAUCCCUAGAUAAGUGAUAAGUUUUAUUAAAAGUUUUGUAAAGCUUUAUUUGAUUAAAUUGAAAUAAAACCUACAAUAAUUAGUCCUUUUGAAAAGACAAGAAAGUACAUAAAUGAAAACUUACAUCUAUAUGAAUAAUAAUUACAACUCAUUAAUGAAAUCAACCAGAAUCCAAGUUAAACGAUAUGGAAUAAUUGGGGGAAUGCUUAAGAAUAAAUAAUAAAUUAUUAAGAAUUACGUUUACAAUAUCAAUCACAUAAGGAUAUGUAUGAUUAAUAAUUGAGAUUAAAUUACUGCGGUAUAUAUGCUAUGAAGGAAUACUACAUCAAAUAUGGAGAGGCUUAAUUUUAAUAGUCAAGUGCUCCAUGUUAUAGAGUAGAUUUCUUUAGAUAUAUUCGAUUUUGGAGGGAUGGAACAUUCACAAUGUUCAUUUCCUCUAAAAAAUUAACAAAGCAAGAAAUAAUAGAAUACUUUCAAUAUCCUGAGAUUGCCAUCAUCCCUAAACAAGGAAAUUAAAAGUAGAUGUAAUUUGAAGAAUGCUUUUUGAGGGGUGAAUAUAGAAUAGUGAUUGAUGAGGUUCAUGUUAUAGCAGCUAGACAGAGCACAACUUUUUCAUAUAUUUAUAAAAUUAAGAAUUAUAAGAAUAAACAUCCUGGUAAUGUUCUAUUACUACAAUCGGGAUAAAUGCAUACUUUAGGAGAUAAUUAUAGAUAAGAUAUAGUGGAUAAUUCUAAAAAAAAGCACUUUGUAUACAAGCAUCUUGAAGAGUUUAGAUAAGAAUUGCAUGACGAAUUACAUGGUUGGAAGAAUGUCGUUUAUUGA